GCCUGUGCAAUUUGUUAUAGCACACCAAAAAAAACUUUUCCAUUUUCCUCAAAAAGAAGAAGAAAUAAUUUUUGAAUAAAUUUUACUUUACCUGUCGCUGUGUAUGUCACACACAAAACGUUAAACCAACUAGAAAAAAGACUUUCAAUUAUAAUCCAAUUUAGCGAAGUGCCAAAUAAUGCAUUUGUGUUUUGGAGUUUUCUUGUCGAAUUUGUGUAAUGCAAUUUUACAUCGUUGUUCCGUUGGUUCACUGAUGGACGCAGUGAUUUUUAUUUAAUUAAAAAAAACGGGAAAAUUCUAUGUUUUUCAUACGAAUUUGAUAACAAAGGCCAAUUAAAUGCCAAAAAGUAAAAUUCAUCAAAAAGGAAAUAUUUCGAAAGGAAAACUAAACGAAAACAAAGGAUAAAAUAAAACCAAAAAAAGGCAGAAAAAUCUUCUGAUAAAAAUUUGUUACUAGUGAAACGUCUAAUUAAACCGAAAAACUAUUCUCAAUUUCUCUUUUCCUUUUCGUUAUAUGCCGUCAUUGAUUUUUGUUGUUUUUAAUCAUACACACCAUCUGAAACGGAUGAAAAAUCUAUAAAAGUGGUCGGGGCAAAUCGAACCAAAAAAAAAAAUAUUGGAAAAUCGAGUGUGUGUUUCGUGUGUUUUGUUUAAUAUCUUAUUUUGACUGAAUAAAAUGUUAGUUUACGUACAGUUCCAAUAAGAUAAAAGAAAAAUAAUAUUGUGACGUGUGUGUGAUUGUUCUUCGUUUUUCUUAUUUCCUUCUGUUCAUUUUGCGAGUGUGGUUCUUUAAGUCAUCCGAAUCGCAAGAGAAAUAUACGGAGAAAAUGCCCGUCAAAAAACAAGAAGCCCAUCGUGCAUUAGAACUUUUAGAGGAUUAUCAUUCCCGCCUUUCAGCUCCGCAAGACCGUGCGUUGCGUAUCGCUAUUGAACGAGUUAUACGAAUAUUUAAAUCGCGAUUAUUUCAAGCAUUAUUAGAUAUCCAAGAGUUUUACGAACUAACUUUAUUGGACGAUACUAAAACAAUACAACAGAAAACUGUUGAAACACUACAAAUAGCCAGUAAAUGGGAACAAGAAAAUUCAUUAAAAAUAUCCGAUAACGAUCGAGGAACAGCAUUGUUGCCGCUAACGCAAGCACUGAUCAAUUUAAAGGAACAACAGGAAAUCGCUGAAAUUAAUCAAAAUCAGCGAUUCAAAAUCGAAGAUGAGAAACAAACUCAGCAGAAAGUUGCAACAGAAGUGUCAGCUCCCGUUCGAAAGUCUGAAUCGCCGCCGAAAGUGGUACACACUCCGGGUGACUCCAAUCACGUUAACGGUGACGAUAGCUGGCAAUAUCAGGAGAUUACACUAGAACGAGGCAAUUCCGGUUUAGGAUUUUCCAUUGCCGGCGGUACAGAUAAUCCACACAUCGGAACUGACACAUCCGUUUACAUCACAAAAUUAAUACCGGGCGGAGCGGCAGCAGCCGACGGUCGCUUGAAUGUUAACGAUUGCAUUGUAUCGGUCAAUGAUGUAUCAGUUGUGGAUGUUCCACAUGCAGCUGCGGUGGACGCACUGAAGAAAGCCGGAAAUAUUGUAAAAUUGUAUGUGAAAAGAAAGCGACCACCGGCUGGACCGAGGCCAAUGGAAAUUGAUUUGGUGAAGGGUGGCAAGGGACUCGGUUUUUCCAUUGCUGGCGGUAUUGGCAAUCAACAUAUUCCCGGCGAUAAUGGGAUAUAUGUGACGAAAAUAAUGGAUGGUGGUGCGGCGAAUGUGGAUGGACGACUGGCUAUCGGUGAUAAGCUGAUAGCUGUACGAACGCUGGCCCAUGGUGAACGGAAUUUGGAAAAUGUUUCGCAUGAGGAUGCUGUUGCUACGUUGAAGUCAAUCACAGAUAAAGUGACACUGGUCGUCGGCAAAAUGAUGAUGAACUCAUUGAGUAACUCAACUUCAACCGGUUUAGCUCUUGCAAAUUCUCACUCAACAAGUGCCGUUAAUAAUAUUGGUCAGAGUGUUGUUGAUUUUGGACGAUCGCCAUCACCUGCGUUAGCUGCCACAUCACGAUCUCAUUCACCAUUGCCUGUAUUGGAAACGUCGUCGAGAUACGCAUCAUCGUCAAAUGUAUUAGCCACUGUUCCUCCAGGAACACCACGAGCGGUCAGCACCGAAGAUAUUACAAGAGAAACUCGUUCAAUUACCAUACAGAAAGGCUCCAGUGGCCUGGGAUUCAAUAUUGUUGGCGGUGAGGACGGACAAGGCAUAUUCGUUUCGUUCAUAUUGGCUGGCGGUCCAGCCGAUGUCGGUGGUGAAUUGAAGAGAGGCGAUCAGUUGCUGAGCGUAAACGGGGUUGAUUUGAGAAAUGCCACACAUGAGGAGGCUGCGCAAGCUCUGAAAACAUCUGGCGGCGUCGUAAAUUUAGUGGCCCAAUAUCGUCCCGAAGACUAUAAUCGUUUCGAAGCCCGAAUACAUGAACUUAAACAGCAGGCUGCGCUGAAUGCCGGCACCGGUACACUGUUGCGAACAUCUCAAAAACGAUCGUUAUAUGUCCGGGCGCUAUUCGAUUACGAUCCGAAUCGGGACGACGGUCUACCGUCACGAGGAUUGCCGUUUAAGCAUGGCGAUGUUUUGCAUGUGACAAACGCAUCGGAUGACGAAUGGUGGCAGGCCAGACGUGUAUUAGGCGAUGGCGAAGAGGAGGGAAUGGGUAUCGUUCCGUCGAAACGGCGAUGGGAACGGAAAAUGAGAGCGCGAGAUCGAAGUGUUAAAUUCCAAGGACAUGCAGCUAACAAUUUAGACAAGCAAUCGACGCUUGAUCGCAAAAAGAAAAACUUCACAUUUUCUCGUAAAUUUCCGUUUAUGAAGAGUAAAGACGAUAAAAAUGAAGACGGCUCCGAUCAAGAACCCAACAGCAUCGUUCACGAUAACAAUCAUGAUUCAGAGCAACAACCGUUCAUGUUAUGCUACACCCAAGACGAUGCGAGUGCCGAAGGAGGCGAAAUAAUCUACCGUGUGGAGUUACCCGACUGUGAGCAGAUUACACUAAUCUACCUGGAGAAUAGCGAUGCUGACUAUCCAUCUGAAGAAAAUGUUCUAUCUUAUGAAGCCGUUCAACGGCUUUCCAUCAACUAUACACGACCAGUGAUCAUAUUAGGACCGCUGAAGGAUCGAAUCAAUGACGACUUAAUUUCUGAAUUUCCAGACAAAUUCGGAUCGUGUGUGCCACACACAACCCGACCGAAACGAGACUAUGAAAUGGAUGGACGCGAUUACCACUUUGUUGCUUCCCGGGAACAAAUGGAAAAAGACAUACAAAAUCAUUUGUUCAUUGAAGCUGGACAGUAUAAUGACAAUUUGUAUGGCACGUCCGUAGCUAGUGUUAAAGAAGUGGCAGAAAAAGGAAAACAUUGUAUUCUGGAUGUGUCAGGCAAUGCUAUUAAACGAUUACAAGUUGCUCAAUUGUAUCCAAUUGCAAUAUUUAUCAAGCCAAAAUCUGUCGAUUCAGUGAUGGAAAUGAAUCGACGAAUGACCGAAGAACAGGGCAAGAAAACAUUUGAACGGGCUUUGAAAAUGGAACAAGAAUUCGGAGAAUAUUUUACAGCUGUUGUACAAGGCGAUACCAUUGAGGAAUUGUACUCGAAAGCAAAGAAUGUAAUUUGGUCACAAUCAGGUCCAUCAAUAUGGGUCCCAUCCAAAGAGUCUCUAUGACCAGCGGCUAGUACAACAUGGACACUGCCACCUCGUGUUCGAGCAAGACCGGUCUCUCGAACCGGUUACAAUCACUAAAGAUAAGCCACUGGAGUUAUUGGAUUAUUUAUUUAUUAUACUGGUAGCCAAGAAACUAAUUUUACAUUUUGUUUAAAGAAAAAGAAGAAGAAGAAGAAAAAAGGGAAAAAAAACUUAGAACGCCACCGACACAAUUUCUUUUUUGGGGGGGAUUUGUAUUAUCCUGGAGCUCGUUCUCUUUAUUAUUUUUUGUUAAAAUUGUUUAGUCAUGGCAGUUGUUCGUAUUUUUGCAAAACAAAAAAAUUAAUAGAAAGAAAUCGUGUUAGCCGUAUAAGGAAAUGUUACUCGAUUUAUAUGAUGAUCCUGGUUUUAUGAUUUGUUUUUCUCGCAUUUCGAGAACUUAAGAUUUUUUUUACCAUCAAAAAAGUUGAUUGAUAUUAAGCGUUCACAUUGGACCUUGUCCGCAAUUCUCUUCAUUCGUUCAGGUCUUUCUUACUAACAUCUCAACUCGAGGACUCAUCUUACUGAAUCCCCAUUUUUUGCUGAAUAUUUAAAUUUCCAAAACAUUGAAAGCGAUGUCGAGUCGUUGCACAAUUUUUUUCCUCUCUCAUGAUCAUUUCAGAGCAAAACAACACGAGAAUUCCAAAUUUCCAUUUAGUCCUAGUCCAAUGACGCCAUUAAAUUAAAAAAACAAAAAAUUUAUUUUUUACUCAGACUCGUGUUUUACAAUGCUUAAAUAACUAGCAGUGCAUUGUAAAACACAUGCCUGGCACCAUAAGUCAUUUUAAUGUUUACACAAAGAAAGUAGUAAGGCUAACUGGUUAACUGGAGUUUACUUAGAUACGAAAGUUUGUUUUGUUGUGAAUGUAACUUAAAGAUUUUGUUUCCGACCCAUUUCUGAGUUCGUGUGAUCUGAUGGGACCAUCAGGAUAUUUAAAUUUCCUAAUUUUCAUUCAACAGUUUACUAGCAAUCAAUAUUUCUCUCUAUUCAUCUUAGUUCGUUGUAUUUGCCAAACUUCUGCCAUCAUCUGGGGAUUCAUUUGUUACAUUCGUUAAUUCGUUACGCCAUACUCGAUAUUAGUGUGAUAGCGAACGAACCGAAUGAUCGAAUGAAUGAAUAAAAGGAACGGAUAGUGUUAGAAACUUCCGACGAAGCCAAAUGUAGCCAAAAAAUACAUGAGGCUGUUAUGAGCCCGCUCCAUUGCUGUUCAUUUGGCAAGUUUUUUAUUGGGUAGUGGUGGCGACGACAAAUAAAUGAAACCACAAUUCUUACAACAUUCGCGCAUUUUCGAUAGAUUUUUUACUCUUUGAGUUGAUCUUGUCAAUUUUGUUAGGAACCUUUUGUAUCAAUCUAUUGCCAUAUCUACCACAGAGAUUUACUGUGAGGGUUGACGCACUUCUUGACCUGAAUGGACCAAAAGUGUUGCGUGAUACCCCUAAUCAAUGUACUGCCUACAUUUUGUAAACGUUUAUCGAAUACCCAGCCAAAAAUGUUUUCAAAUUCUAAACGGAUUAACAGAAUCGUAAACAUGUCAAAUUUAACGAACCGUUUAAGGUUCUACAUCUACACACACACUCUUCGUUAUUUUCAAUUUGUACUGUUAAUAUAUAAUGGGAAAAUUGACAAAUUUUCCUAAUAUUUCAACAAUUUACAACAGAAAUUGUAAGAGU